GAGUCUCACGUGUUGUCCUGGCUUGGCGCGGCCACUGAUCCUGCUUCAUUGAUAAAAGCUCAAAAUGCAUAUCUAUAACUCCAUAUCACAGAAUAACAAGUGCCUUGGCAAAUGAAGCAUUCCUAUGCAAGUGAGGCUCGUAUCGACUUUCUUCUCCCAGCUUGUAUCUUGGCAUCUCUAAUGGAAAAUGCACUCACGUACAGAUGCUCAUGUGCUUACAAGUGAGGGCCGAUGCUUCCCAGUAAACGCCCACUAGAUUUAUCUAUUCACACGACUGCACACGAGUAUAAAGUGAUAGAAAACACCUUUCGAUCUAACGCUUUGACAAACAGCUUCCUCUCCUUUUGACAUGUCUGAACAGUCUAACAUACAGGAACCACUCGUGCAAGUUAUCCCCUCCGCCGAUACCACCGAGUCCCCGCUACCGAUUAGAGAGCCACUUCCCGGAACGUCGACAACUUCCUCACCUCCCGCUGUGGAAAUGCCUUCAACUGCAAUCAAGGUACCGCCUCCAGUUAGCACACCGAGGUCUGUGACGCUCGAAGAAUGUAAGUCCGGCAUAACUGAGAGACAAGAGAAUGGCUUCCUUCGACGGUGGCAGCAAUGGAACUACCUUCAUGAUUGCUGGAAACCCUACGAAUACAUCGAACAGACUCCCUGUGUGGUCACCCAGGAACCUACUUAUUUCUACUUAAACGUUCGACGGAAGACAGGUGAAGAGAAACCAAAACUGGUUUUCAGUGAUUUUAGUCCCAUUUUACUCGCCUGCUUACGCUCCAUUGUCGGGGGUGAAUGCUUGAGCCAAGAUCCACAAGUCCACAUCGACGAGCUACUUUUGGAGCUAGAUUCGUUGGACAGUCGCACCAAUGAUGCGCGUAAUGCUUUGGACGAUAACAAAGAAGAUGACAUCGUACAAAGUGCGAAAGCGCUCGGGCAUGCACAUGAGGGUCUACAUGACGGCAAUGUGCGCAAGUACCUUACGACCGCGGUCCAGCAGCUUGACAUUCUCCUGCCCUUGCUUAAAGAAGAGUUCAAAUCAAUAGCUGAACGAUUGAAACAUGCAGUAGUACACGGUCGCAUACCGCUCGAUCUGCUGGAGUUCCACUUCCGGAAGAAUCAGCAGUACUACACUCUCGACGACGAAGAUGAUUUGGAUGCAUUCCGCUUGAUCUCAACUUUUUACGAUGACUUUGACCAAACAUUUACCAUUAACGGCGAGGGUGCAUUCUGGAACGGAAUCAAGUGGGUUCCGAAUGACCCAGGUCGGAAGAUUAAACUGGUUGAGGGGUCGUUGAUCUUGGCUGAUUUUCAAACCUCCGAAAUGACGCCUGAGAUACGUAGACGACUUACAGAACGCGGCAGGAAGUACGCCUCACUAGCGGGGUUCCAUUACAAACUUUACAGAGGACGACGGAUCAUAGUUGAUCGCUUAGCCUGGAAUACAUUUGGCUACAAGCAUACAGGUGAUACUCCUUUUCCAUUCCCCCGUCUUCAAGACAGAAGCAAGGCCCGAGACAACAAUAACAUCCCGCCUGUGCCUGAAGAUGAUAUUGCUCUUCUCCCGCAACUCGUGCUAGGUUUUGAUAUAGAACACAAGUCGUGGGGCUUCUUCGAUGUUGAUGAAAUCGAGCCAAUAAGAUUCAAUGAAAAUGCCUGGAAGCACAUUGUGCUUGACGAAAGCUCAAAGGAUGUCAUCGAAGGAGUUGUGGGUGCAUUCGACUUCAGCAAGGAGGCCAUGGCAGAUGAAGAACAAUCGGGCUUGGCUAUACUCCUGCAUGGACCAUCAGGGACCGGCAAAACGGCGACCGUUGAAGCUAUAGCGGAACAUUUUAAACGGCCCUUGCUCUCUCUCUCAGUAUAUUCCUUUCCGUUGGAUACGAUCUCACUCGUGGACACGUUGGCAUUCUGUCUGGAUAUGGCAAGAUCAUGGAAUGCCAUAGUAUUGAUUGAAGCUGGGGAUAUUCUCAUGCAGACUCAGAGGCACGAGCCAAUAGUGCGCAUUAGGUGUCUCCGUCUUGUGCUACCCUGACCUGCGAUCAGAUGGAGGAACAAAAUCGCAUCUCGACGAUACUCGACUUCUUUGAGCGGCAUCGGUGCAUUGUAUUUGUUACUGCGAGAACUACAUGUACUGCAUACAUGU